AUGGGUGGUGCAGCGACGGAGCCGCCUUCGGUCUCCCUAUCGUUCGCCAACAAUUUCUGGGGCAAAGAUGACGCCGGCGUCGGUCCCAUGCUCGACCGCAUGCAUGCGGCCAAGGUCACCAACGACGAACUCAAGAACUUCUACGCAGCCCGCUCGGCAAUUGAAGAGGAAUACUCGCGGAAACUCCUAAAUCUUUCGCGCAAGCCCCUGGGAUCCUGCGAAACCGGCACCCUACGACUGUCGUGCGAUGUCAUCCGAGCCGAGGUCGAAUCCAUGGGCAAGGCGCACCAGAGCAUAGCACAGCAGAUGAAGACGGAGCUAGAAGAGCCACUAGCCGCUUUCGCUGGUGGAAUGAAGGAGCGCAGGAAGAUUGUACAGAACGGCAUUGAGAAGCUGCUCAAGCUGAAGAUGCAGCAGACAUCGACUGUCAACAAGGCACGCGAUCGGUACGAGCAGGACUGUCUCAAGAUCAAGGGUUUCCUAGCGCAGGCGCACAUGGUCAUGGGACACGAGGAGCGAAAGAACAAGGCAAAGCUGGAGAAGACACAGAUCAAUCUGGCGACAACCAGCAGCGAAUACGAAGCUGCGGUCAAGGUGCUCGAGGAGACCACCGGCAGAUGGAACAGGGACUGGAAAGCCGCCUGCGACAAGUUCCAGGAUCUCGAAGAGGAGCGCAUCGAUUACACAAAGAGCAGUCUCUGGAACUUCGCCAACAUCGCCUCCACAGUAUGCGUCAGCGACGAUGCCGGAUGCGAGAAGAUGCGCCUGUCCCUCGAGGAUUGCGACGUAGAGAAGGACAUCAGCGGCUUCAUCAAGGAGUCCGGCACGGGCCAGGAGAUCCCCGACCCUCCCAAGUUCAUCAACUUCUGCAGAGGAGACGCCGAGACCUCAUCGCAGGUUGACGAGGACGAGAACUACUCAGUCGCCCAGUUUGCUAGGACCUUGAACCCAUCCUACCGCGCUUCAUCACCAGCGCCAUCUACAUUCUCCUCGCAUCACGAUCCAAACAACCCACUAAACCACCGCCUCCGCUCAUGGAUGAACCCCGCAGGCGUGGAGAGUCUCCCCACCAACAGGCAGAAUCUCCCCGACAACCCACCAAGACAGCAGCAGCAGCACAUCGAGCCUCUGAGACAACAACACCACAUUGAACCUCUGCGACAACAUGUGGAACCACCAAGGCAACCAGAGCCACAGCAAGCCCCUCCAUCCCCACAAGUUGCACGCGCAGUACAGCCAGAUCCUCGAUUGGUUCAGGCACAGCAACAAGCUCGUCAACAAUACCAGCAAAGUCAGGUACCACACAAUGACUAUCCUUCGGAUGGAAUGACACAGUUCUGCCGCAUCGAUGCACCGUCUGACCGCAGCUCGAUCCCAAGUCCCGCUCGACCUGCCAGUAGGGAUUCACAGAGCGAUUACUCCAACCCCACGUCUUUCUCCAGCAUUGAGCCUCCAAGUGGUUCAGCUUCUCCUGGCAAGCCGAUGCCACAAUCACCGUUACCUGAACCCAGUCCGAUCGAAGAGGGCUCUGUGGCAAAGAAGAGAGGCUUCUUUAACAGCCCCUUCGCACGGAGAAAGAGCAAGCACGAAGUCGAGACCCCAGCAGCUCUUACUCCUGCCAAUCGCAACCGGAACACAUGGGCACCUCCCGCUCGCAGGAACACGGAGGAGAACACCAGCCCAACCAAGAGCUUUGCUACUAGAGCCGCUCCUCGCAAUGCUAUACAGAGCCGCGCUCCCUCGCCCAGCCCUGAACCAGCGGAUCCUCGUGCCAACUUCCAGCUCAACGUUGGCAACAACGUUUUCGACGUGGCCUCGCCGGACAAGAAGAAGCAACAAGAGCAGGAAGAGUCGCAAGAGGAUCUUGAUCCAAUUGCGCAGGCCCUUGAGGAGCUGAGAGGUGUCACUAAGCAAACGUCUGUUCGUCAGCAGCCAGAUGAUCGCAAGCAGGCUUCUUCUCGCCAGACUGCCGAUCGUUACCAUGGUCUCGCAACGCCUGCUCCGGGUACACCUGCUGUCGGGUCGAAGUUGGCAGGUGGUGCACCUACUCCCCUUUCUAACGUCGACCUGAGCGCUGCAAAGCGAGGCACACCUCCACCAACAUACGAGCAGCCAAAACGCGAACAACCGCCUCCCCAGCCUCGUGAGCAGCCGCGCGAACAACCACCCAUGUCUCACCUGGGUGCUCCUAAGCCAGCGCAUACUUCGCGCGCUAUGCAGAAGACGACUCAGAUGUAUGUCAAUCAGAAGAACUCAUACCGCUCAUCUGGAGGGCAAUCACAGCCAUCAUCGCCUUCGACAUACCAACCUGCGCAACGACAGCAACCACCAGCAUCGCAGCCUGCACCAAGAGCGCAACCCGCUCCACGUCAACAACCUGUAGCUCAGCCUGCGCAACGGCCGCAACCUGCGCAACAACCAACGCCACGACCGGCAUCGAGGCUACAGCAACAGCAACAACAACAACAACAGCAGCAGCAGCAGCAGCAGCAGCAGCAAAGGCCUCAACAACAAGCCCCUCCCGCAAAUUCAUUCAGCCGGACCGCAUCGCCCAACCCAUAUGCGGCAUCAAAUGCUGGGGGCAGGCCUAGAGCACAGACAGCUACUGCCGCUGCACAAGCAUACGGUACACCUGUAGGACGUAACUCGUACUCCUCGAACCGUGGCCCAUCUCCCAGUGUCAACCCCACCCCACGAACUGCCUCCCCUCUUCCCCCACAACAGCCCCCUCAACCAGCCUACGCGCAAUCGCAAUCGCGCCCAGCAUCUCGAGCAGCACCCGUGUCGCGAGCCGCAAGCCCCAACCCACAAUUCCGCCAAUCCCAAGAACGACCCAGCAGUUCCCACAGCGGCAUGGCUCUCGCACUCUCCACCGCAGGCAGCGAGCGUGGCGACGGCAGCGUCUACGGCGGAAGCCAGUACGGAGGCAGCGUACGUGGUAGGCCCGGUACUGCUUCUUCCGCCCGGCCCACGACAGCCAGUUCAGCUCGCCCAGGCACCGCUAGUACCGCCCGCCCGCAAAGCUCCUACAUGGGCGGCGGCAGCGCAGGAAGCGAAUUUGGCUUCAGCGGCGGGUCUGGCGCUGGUUCCAUUCCAGAGGAACUGGGCUUCCAGAAGGGCGAUAUCUUGGCUGUGCUUAGGUUGCAGGAUGAUGGGUGGUGGGAGGCUGAGCCUGUGGGCAAUACGGGUCGACCUGGUCUUGUGCCGUCGAACUACUUGCAGCCUUGCUAA